AUGGAGUUGCUGCCCCUUUGGCUCUGCCUAGGUUUUCACUUCUUGACAGUGGAAUGGAGGGACAGAAGUGGAAUGGCCACAGCAGCUUCGCAAGGGGGCUGCAAGUUGGUGGGUAGAGUUGCCGACUGUCGAGAGCAGCACCUUGUUUCAGUGCCCAGUGAUCUCUCACCCCAUUCCCAGACGCUCAUUCUGGAUGCCAACCCUCUCAAGACCCUGUGGAACCAUUCCCUCCAGCACUACCCUCACCUGGAGAGCCUCAGUCUGAACAGCUGCCAUCUGGAAUCCAUUAGCCGUGGCGCCUUCCAGGAGCAAGCCCAGCUGCACAGCCUGGCUCUCGCUGACAACGCUCUCUCAGAGAACUACAAGGAGACAGCAGCUGCUUUCCACUCCCUCCAGGACCUGCGGAGGCUGGACUUAUCGGGGAACUCCCUGACAGAAGACAUGAUGGCCCUCAUGCUCCAGAACCUCUCAUCGCUGGAGUCUGUGUCCCUGGCGAGGAACACCAUCAUGAGGCUCGAUGACUCUGUCUUUGAGGGUCUAGGGCACCUCCAUGAGCUGGAUUUACAGAGGAACUACAUCUUUGAGAUCGAGGGUGGUGCUUUUGAUGGCUUGAUGGAGCUUAGACAUCUCAACCUGGCCUAUAAUAACCUUCCUUGCAUUGUGGACUUUGGCCUUACACAGCUACGGUUCCUCAAUGUCAGCUACAAUGCCCUAGAGUGGUUCCUGGCUUCAGGGGGAGAGGAUGCCUUUGAGUUGGAGACACUGGACCUCUCUCACAAUCAGCUGCUAUUUUUCCCGCUCCUGCCCCAAUGCAGCAAGCUGCAUACCCUCCUCCUACGGGACAAUAACAUGGGCUUCUACAAGGACCUGUAUAACACCUCGUCACCAAAGGAGAUGGUGGCCCAGUUCCUCCUUGUGGAUGGCAAUGUGACCAAUAUCACCACAGUUAACCUCUGGGAAGAGUUUGCUUCCAGCGACCUUUCAGAUCUCCGCUUCCUAGAUAUGAGCCAGAACCAGUUCCAAUACCUGCCAGAUGGCUUCCUGAAGAAAAUGCCUUCCCUCUCCCACCUGAACCUCAAUCAAAAUUGCCUGAUGACCCUCCAUAUCCAGGAGCAUGAGCCCCCAGGAGCACUCAUUGAGCUGGACCUGAGUCAGAACCAGCUGUCAGAGCUGCAAUGGGCUCCAGGGCUCACCAGCUGCCUACAGAGCCUCCAAGUAUUUAACCUGAGCUUCAACCAGCUCCUGGGUAUCCCCACUGGCCUUUUUGCUGGUGCCAGUAACAUCACUACAAUAGACAUAAGCCACAAUCAGAUCUCACUGUGUCCUCUGCCAGUUCACUUAGACCAGGUGGGUACCCCCAGCUGUGUAGAUUUUAGGAAUAUGAUGUCUUUGAGAAGCCUCUCUCUGCAGGGCUGUGGGCUGGGGACCCUACACGACUGCUCAUUCCAGGGGACCUCUCUCACUCACUUAGACCUCUCGAGCAAUUGGGGCAUUCUGAAUGCAAGCAUCACCCCUCUCCAGGAUAUUGCCACCACGUUACAGGUCCUGUCUCUCAGGAAUGUGGGCCUAAGUUCCAGCUUCAUGGAGUUGGACUUCUCUGGGUUUAGGAGUCUGAGGGACUUGGAUCUGUCGGGAAAUUACUUGACCAGUUUCCCCACGUUUGGGGGCAGCCUGUCCCUGCAGACUCUAGAUCUCCGCAGAAACUCUCUCACAGCCCUUCCCCAGAGGGCUGCAUCUGAGCAGCUCACAAGGAGCCUGCGGACCAUCUACCUCAGUCAGAAUCCAUAUGACUGCUGUAGGGUGGAGGGCUGGAGGGCCCUGCAGCACCUGCAGAUGCUACGCAUCCCCGAUUUCGUGAUGGUCACUUGCAACCUCUCCUCCAAGGUAAUCCGCUUGGUGGACCUGCCCAGAGAGGUGCCUCAGGACUGUAAAUGGGAGCGCGUGGACAUGGGCCUGCUGUACCUUGUGCUCAUUCUCCCCAGCUGCCUCACCCUGCUGGUGGCCUGUACCGUCAUCUUCCUUACUUUUAAGAAGCCUCUGCUUCAGGUAAUCAAGAGCCGCUGCCAGUGGUCCUCCAUAUACUGA